AUGCAUUAUCACGACAUCAUGGGCAAAAAAGCUCCGAGUGGACAGACCACUCCUGUAGGGUGGUCCGGGGGAGGUCUCCUGGAGGAGGUCUCCUGGAGGAGGUCUCCUGGAGGAGGUCUCCUGGAGGAGGUCUCCUGGAGGAGACUCCUGGUGUCCUUCUCUGUCGACCCAAUUACACUCACACGUUUCCGGCCCCUGUCCUGUGGGCCCCUCCUGUGGGCCACUGUCCUGUGGGCCCCUGUCCUGUGGGCCCCUCCUGUGGGCCCCUCCUGUGGGCCACUGUCCUGUGGGCCCCUGUCCUGUGGGCCCCUCCUGUGGGCCCCUCCUGUGGGCCACUGUCCUGUGGGCCCCUGUCCUGUGGGCCCCUCCUGUGGGCCCCUCCUGUGGGCCACUGUCCUGUGGGCCCCUCCUGUGGGCCACUGUCCUGUGGGCCCCUGUCCUGUGGGCCCCUGUCCUGUGGGCCCCUCCUGUGGGCCCCUCCUGUGGGCCCCUCCCCGUGGGCCCCUCCCCGUGGGCCCCUCCCCACUGUGGCCCCUGACCCCUGACCUUGGCCCCAGACUGUGGCCCCUGACCCCUGACGUUGGCCCAAGACAGUGGCCCCUGACCCCUGACCUUGGUGUGAAGACGCUGCUGAGGCCCCUGUGCUGUGUUCAGGUUGAAGUUAAAAAAGCAGAGCCACGAGACGCUAAAGCCCCGGGUCAGUGGGGGUCCCGGGGGAUCCUCAGCCCCCCCAACGGCUGGACUAGUGCCCCCCCCACGGGCUGGACUCCCUACGGAGCUCAAGGAGUUUGGGUCUCGACCACAGGACAGACCCUCGCAGGAUACGCUCCAGGUCUGGCAGCAGCGCGGGGCACCCCCUCUCAGCCGCCCUCACCCUUCAGUGCCUUCCUGGUCACGGGCCCCGGCUUCACUCAGGGCUUUCAGCAGAGCUACAGCACAGCGCCCCCCUUUGCCGGCUACAGUUUCGCCGCCGCACAAACCGAGCAGUUCACCGCAGUGCCCCCUCCCCCCCCCACCCCUGGGACUGCUCCUCUGGGCUACGCUCCCCCAACCACCCCCACUCAGGAUCUGAAGGCUCCAGGAGGGCUGCCCGACUUCCCCUACGGCCAGUAUGGUAGGUCCUCCUCCUACUGUCCUUCUACUGUCGGCAUGGUAGGUCCUCCUCCUACUGUCCUUCUACUGUCGGCAUGGUAG